GUGCCUCCUUUGAUAAGAGUUCCAUUACCUGGGCAUCCUUAUCUCGAAUCGCUGCUCUCUGUAACCGCGCCACCUUCAAAGCUGGUCAGGAAAACAUCCCCAUCCUCAAGCGAGAUGUCGCCGGUGAUGCCUCUGAGUCUGCCCUGCUGAAAUGUAUUGAACUCUCCUCAGGUUCUGUGAAAGCAAUGAGGGACAAGAACAAGAAAAUUAACGAGAUUCCAUUUAAUUCAACCAACAAGUACCAGCUCUCGAUCCACGAGACCGAAGACCCGAACGAUAAGCGCUACCUGCUGGUGAUGAAGGGAGCCCCUGAGAGAAUCCUUGAUCGAUGCUCAACCAUCAUGUUACAGGGAAAGGAGCAGCCAUUGGAUGAGGAGAUGAAGGAGGCUUUCCAGAACGCGUACAUGGAACUGGGCGGCUUGGGGGAGCGGGUCCUGGGAUUUUGCCAUUUCUACCUGCCCGAGGAACAGUUUCCCAAGGGAUUCGCCUUCGACACGGACGAUGUGAACUUUCCCACUGAGAACCUCUGCUUCAUCGGCCUCAUGUCCAUGAUCGACCCGCCCAGGGCAGCUGUACCUGACGCUGUGGGCAAAUGCAGAAGUGCUGGAAUCAAGGUUAUCAUGGUGACUGGAGACCACCCAAUCACUGCCAAGGCCAUUGCCAAGGGAGUGGGCAUCAUAUCAGAAGGCAAUGAGACCGUGGAGGAUAUUGCGGCUCGAUUAAACAUCCCAGUCAGUCAGGUCAACCCAAGGGACGCUAAGGCAUGUGUGAUCCACGGCACGGAUCUGAAAGAUCUGACCGGCGAGCAGAUCGAUGACAUUCUCCGUAACCAUACUGAGAUCGUCUUCGCUAGAACCUCACCCCAACAGAAGCUCAUCAUCGUUGAGGGGUGUCAACGUCAGGGUGCUAUUGUUGCUGUGACUGGUGAUGGAGUUAAUGACUCACCAGCUCUGAAGAAAGCUGAUAUUGGAGUGGCGAUGGGAAUAGCCGGCUCAGACGUGUCAAAGCAAGCGGCAGACAUGAUCUUGCUCGAUGAUAACUUCGCAUCCAUCGUCACUGGAGUGGAGGAAGGCCGUCUGAUCUUUGAUAACCUGAAGAAGUCGAUUGCGUACACACUGACCAGCAACAUCCCGGAGAUCACACCAUUCCUGCUGUUUAUCAUGGCCAAUAUCCCCCUCCCCCUUGGAACCAUCACCAUCCUCUGCAUCGACCUGGGAACGGACAUGGUCCCAGCUAUCUCAUUGGCUUAUGAAGUGGCAGAGAGUGACAUCAUGAAGCGUCAGCCCCGAAACCCGCGAAUGGACAAAUUGGUCAACGAGAGGUUAAUUAGCAUCGCCUAUGGCCAGAUCGGAAUGAUCCAGGCAUUGGGAGGAUUCUUUUCCUAUUUUGUGAUCCUGGCGGAGAAUGGCUUCCUGCCGAAGAAGCUGGUGGGAAUCCGUUUACACUGGGAUGACAGGAGCGUCAAUGAUCUGGAGGAUAGCUAUGGGCAGCAGUGGACAUACGAACAACGGAAAAUAGUGGAGUUUACCUGUCACACAGCGUUCUUCGUCAGCAUUGUGGUGGUGCAAUGGGCCGAUCUGGUGAUCUGUAAGACCAGGAGGAACUCCAUAUUCCAACAGGGAAUGAAAAACAAGAUCCUCAUUUUUGGACUGUUUGAGGAGACCGCUCUGGCUGCGUUACUCUCGUACUGCCCUGGGAUGGAUGUCGCUCUCAGGAUGUACCCCCUGAAGCCAAACUGGUGGUUCUGUGCCUUCCCCUACAGUUUCCUGAUCUUUGUCUAUGAUGAAAUUCGCAAACUCAUCCUUCGCAGAAACCCAGGAGGUUGGGUUGAACGUGAAACCUACUACUGAUUCUGUCAUCACCUCAACAUCGCUGCCACACACAGUCUAUGCCCUUUCCCCUCUGACCUGUGACUUCUGACCUGUCCUUGCCCAACUUGUCUUGCAAUUGGCCUUUUCCUGAGGGCCCUGUCCCUGAAUCUCCAACCUUGCCCUCUGACCCUGUGUGUAUUCCCCACUCCGAACCCUCUCUUUGUCACACUCCCCCCACCCCCUCACUGCUGUGUCGUGAGGCAGUGUGAUGAGAGACCGAGAUCCUGGGACAGCACCUCUGGGGAGAUGCCAUUGGCUGGUGGCCCGAAUGGUCUGCGUUGGGGGAGGAAGGGCUGGGGCUGUGUGUUUUUUUUGUCUCCCCCCUGCAAUUCCCCCCCCACCUUGUAAAGCCUGCCAGCCCUACGGGGGGCAGGGGGGUGCAAAUGAGGCUGGCUUAUCUAGAGUCUGUCUCCUUUUCUGUCACCAACUCCAUCAGCCAUCAUCCAUUUUGUUCAUCAUUUACAAUGUUUGAGUGGUGCUGAGCCGCAGAGAAAGAAAGGGAAUGAGGGAAAGAUGGGGAGGAGAGAGACAGAAUGGAGAGAUGGAGGAAAACGUGUAGGGAGAAACAGAGAGAGAGAGAGAUAUGAAGGGGGAGAGAGAGAGAUGAAGUCGGGUGGGGGAGAGAGAGAUGAAGGGAAAGACAAUGGGAGGUGGA